AUGCCCAUGUUCUUCUUCCUGCUCAACCUGGCCCUCACUGACCUGGGCAUGAUCUGCACCACUGUCCCCAAAGCCAUGCACAAUUCCCUCUGGGACACCAGGGACAUCCUGACCAUCAUGUGCUACAACCACUAUGUGUCCAUCUGCAAACCCCUGCACUACGGGACCCUCCUGGGCAGCAGAGCUUGUGCCCACAUGGCAGCAGCUGCCUGGGCCAGUGCCUUUCUCAAUGCUCUGCUGCAAACAACCAACACAUUUUCCCUGCCCUUGUGCAAUGGUAAUGCCCUGAGCCAGUUCCUCUGUGAAAUCCCACACAUCCUCAAGCUCUCCUGCUCACACUCCAAACUCAGAGAACUUGGGCUUAUUGUGCUUGGUGCCUGUUUAGGUUUUGGCUGUUUCGUGUUCAUUGUUUUCUCCUAUGUGCAGAUCUUCAGGGCUAUGCUGAGGAUCCCCUCUGAGCAGGGACGGCACAAAGUCUUUUCCACCUGUCUCCUUCACCUGGCUGUGGUCUUCCUGUUUGUCAGUACCUCAUUUUUUGCCUGCCUGAAACUCCUCUCCAUCUCCUCCCCAUCCCUUGAUCUGGUGGUAUCAGUUCUGUACUUAGUGGUGCCUUCAGCCCUGAACUCCCUCAUCUACAGUCUUUUUCCUUCUUACCAUCCAAUAUUCUGA